GAUAAGCAUUGAGGAGAAGUAAACAUGUUUCGCUAGCUCUUAGUCAGUCCAAACAUUUGGUUCGAUAAGUCGAGUCAAAAAAUUAGCAAUGAAGGAAUAUUUUGGCUUCAAAGGCAAAACAAAGAUUUAUCACUUGAACUCGUACUGUUUCAAUGAAAUAUUUCGCCAGAUUAAAAUAAACUGUGCUUGCAGCAAUAGCAAGGAUAAGUUAACAAAGUACAAUGAUCUCAUUAACUUCGUUACCAGUUGUGAGAUGUUUAGCAAGGCUUUUAAAGAAUGGAGCCCCGACCUGUAUCACAAACUUAUGAUCGAAAACACAUUUUUAAGUAGAUCUCCUUGGCUGGAGAUCCAUUUCGCAGAAGUUCAUGCAUAUAUGCGUGCAAUCCCAAUUAAUGAAAGAAAGAAAUUGUGGACUGAAUAUCUUAACCAGAUCAAGGAGAACGAACAACUGGAAUCAUUGAAGUUAAUUUAUAUACCAACAGUCUUCGACCCUGAACACUUGGACAGGUUUGAAGAACUUGUAAAAAGUCUUACAAAUAAGAAAAAACUAAAAACGCUCGUGGUAAAAAUGACGGAUUAUAGUUUCGAAAGAGUGCCGGAGAUCUGCCAUUUGGAAAACGUUCAUCUGGAUAUGCGAAUAGAUGCCAAUAUCCUACUGCAGUUGUGCAAAUCAAAUCCAAACUUACGCAGACUCAAGCUAAACAAUAGCAAAUUAUUUGGCAGAGAUCUGGCCAAAAUUGUGCCAUAUUGCAAUCAAUUGGAAUAUCUAAGUUUCAUGAACACAUUCGAAGCAAAUGCCGCGGAGUGUGAAGCACUUGCCGACUUGCCGCGACUCAACGAAUUGAUUUUGCUCGGCGAGCAUGAGGAGGGAUCUCUGCUCAAGCUCUUCAAUCGCCUGAAAAGCAAACGCAUUCGUAGGAUUUGCAUUCCGGAAACUUAUGUCACCACCGAAGAAGCCAUUGCAUUGGCCUCGAUCAAGUCUUUAGUUUCGCUCAAGUGCUGUUUGCAGGAUAACACGAGCUAUGUCGACUUACCUUUAAGCGGGAACCUAACAGAUAUUUCCAUAUUAACCGAGCCCUACUAUUAUGAUGAUUACAGCGAUCAAGGCCGCAUCAAAGUAACGAUUCGUGCAAAUACCUCGAACUAUAUGCCUGAUGCGUAUUAUGAAGCGAUGCAGACCAAGGAUCCGAUGCUAAUGCAAAAGGCUUUUGACCAGGAGUACGAAUGUGCUUACCGUCUUCGCUGUGAGGGUUAUUAUAAAGAUAGCAUUUUGCCAGCAACACUCGAUAUAUUAUCGGCAUCUUCAAGGUGCUUCAUCGAAGAGAUAGUACUGCCCAACCUCAAAACAAUCUCCCAAGAUGACAUGGCUACUUUGGCUUCGAUACCAACGCUUACCACAAUCGACUGUUCCUUUCUUCAAAUACAGCAAGUGAUCGCAGUGAAACUGCAGCAGCUCAAUGGAGUUAUAGUGACAGAGAAUCGAGUGGAUCGGAUCAGAACCGAGUUUUUCGAAAUUCGUUUGGUUCACGGACACGAAUCUGUGACUCUCAUCAUAAUCUUUUUUCAUGAGGGUAGCGGUAACUAUACAAAACUCUUUGCUCCUUUUGCCAAUUUAAAAAACCUCAAAAAACUCCAGAUCAUGGGCAACAUUUUAAGUGGCUCAUUAAUUCCGCUUCUCAAAAGUUUGUGUUCCUUGAAAACACAAUCUCUGGAAGAAAUAGAAACUGCAUUUUUGGCCCCAGAAGAGAUCGCUGAACUAGUUAAGAUCAAAAGCCUAAAAGUCCUUAAGUGCGGUUUUUUCUGUUCGCGAAAUGUAGUUCAAUUGGCUGAGUUGCCUCAACUCGAGACACUAAUUCUUACCGUCCAUCCACAAGGAUCUCUGAGAAAGUUGUUCAAGGCUCAAGCCUCUAAGCAGGUUCAAGUACUUAAAACACUCGUUAUCCAGGGCACAAAUCUUACUUCUCAUGAGGUUUUCGAGCUUCCACACCUUAGAUCCUUGGAGAACUUGCAAAUAGGUCUACGUGAAUUAAACAAUUGGGAAAUGAUAGCUGACGGAAGAGCAGAAAACAUAGACGUUAGCUAUUGUGAAAAGUGUCGUUCGCCGAAAAGUAAAGUAAUUUCUGAUGUUCAUCGCACCUUUGUUCAAACUUUAACAUCUAUACCAUUCAACAAGUCCUUAGCUGCUCAGUAUCAUUUUAUUACAGAGUUUUACGAUAAAUUAACGCCUUCAAACUUGGAGCUUUUGGUAAAUCUGCCAGACCUAAGGGAACUGAGGAUUUACUUUGAUUACAAUGCCCAAGCUCUGGAAAAUUUGAUCAGGACUUUGGCCUCGAAAACCUCGCAAAAACUAAGCAAGCUUUCGAUUGCAUCUCAAGAUUUUGGGUUGCUAGCCACUUUCGAAAAUUUGCAAUCCCUUGAGUGCGUUGUUAACCACAUGAAUGGUAUUGAAUGUGUAGCUCAACUUCAAAACCUUAGUGAUUUACACAUACAUAACCCCUUAGGGAUUUCGGUAUGGGAACUUCUUAAGGAACUCGAGGCCUUGCCCAACCUUCAAUGUUUACUGUUGGAUAAUACUGAUUUGCACUUUUUAGACAUUGUGAAAGUAACAAAAUUAAAUAAGCUUAAACGUUUAAGACUCGGUCUUGCCAGAAAAAAAUUAAUCCGUAUGCUGACCGUAUUAAAAAAUCUGGAAGUCUUGGAAAUUACAUCGACUCAUCACGCAGCGGAAGAUGGAGACAAUUUUGUUAUCUUAUUUCUUCACUUGUGCCCAAACAUCAAAUCCAUUUCUCUCUAUAGAUACUACAAUUAUUUAACAAAAGAUUAUGUUAACGGCAUCUUAACUGAUAUUAAGUUUUUCCGGGAUCCAAAAAAACACCCGUCUUUCAAACUACGCGGAAAGUGGAGUAAUUUUGAAAGACAUAGUCAGUUGCACAGAUAUGACGAAACAUUUUUGAAAUUGGAACACCAUGAUAGCGAUUAUCAAAGAACUGUAGAUAAGGAUAUUAACAAGCGAUUUUUAUUGUCAUACAUUUUUGAAUGAGUCGUUAUAGUGUAAGAAACUGAUGAGACUUCAGCAAAACAUGUCAGACAAAAAAACCGUAACGAAAAUCUAUGUAUCGGAAUGCAGUCCCUAGUAAUUUGGAUAUAAAUCGUUUUAUUUGACAUUAUCUAUUUUAUAACAUGUUUUACAAAUUUAUGGAAAUAAGUAGGUAUAAGUAUGAUUGUUUAUCGUAAAACUAAAAAAAUUGGAAAUAUCAUAGGAUGGCGCCACUUAACAUAUUUUAAA